GGGGUGUCUGCAUUGCCUUCAGUGCUGUCCUGCUCCCCACCUUGCUCAGCCUCCACGCAAACGGUCCCAGGUGUCUCUGGGCGUCCUCUGGUGUGGUCGCUGCUGCGGUGUGGUCGGCCUGAGCCUGGAAGUGCAGAGUCCAAGCAGAGCUCUGUCGGUGUCAGAUACACUCUUCGUGUCAGAUACAGUACAGUGCUGCUAAUGUCAGACGUGGGGUGAAAAAGUGAAUACCCUGGCCUUGAGGCUCCAUCAGCUGCUGAACCCUCUGAAACUCAGAGGCCUGGCUCAGGUCACCAUGAGAAGUCCUUAAAGGAAGAAAUCUGAGUCAGAGAAGCAGGUCUGGGCCAAGGUCUAAAGGGCAGUGGCCCCAGUGGUGGUGGCAGCGGCGGUACGAACGGGACUUCUUUCAGCUACACAUUCCACGGAGACCCACAUGCUAUGUUUGCGGAGUUUUUCGGUGGGAGAAAUCCCUUUGACAACUUUUUUGGGCAGCGGAAUGGGGAAGAAGGCAUGGACAUUGAUGACCCGUUCUCUGGCUUUCCCAUGGGCAUGGGUGGCUUCACCAAUAUGAACUUCAGUCGCUCCCGCCCUGCCCAGGAACCUGCCCGAAAGAAGCAAGAUCCCCCUGUCACCCACGACCUUAGGGUCUCCCUUGAAGAGAUCUACAGUGGCUGUACCAAGAAGAUGAAAAUCUCCCACAAGCGGCUCAACCCCGAUGGAAAGAGCAUUCGAAACGAAGACAAAAUCCUGACCAUCGAAGUGAAGAAGGGUUGGAAAGAAGGGACCAAAAUUACCUUCCCCAAGGAAGGAGACCAGACCUCCAACAACAUUCCGGCUGACAUUGUCUUUGUUUUAAAGGACAAGCCACACAAUAUCUUCAAGAGAGAUGGCUCUGACGUCAUCUAUCCUGCCAGGAUCAGCCUUCGGGAGGCUCUCUGUGGCUGUACGGUGAACGUCCCUACUCUGGAUGGCAGGACCAUACCCGUCGUGUUCAAAGAUGUCAUCAGGCCUGGCAUGAGGCGGAAAGUUCCUGGAGAAGGCCUCCCCCUCCCGAAGACACCCGAAAAACGAGGAGACCUUGUCAUCGAGUUUGAAGUGACUUUCCCAGAAAGGAUUCCACAGACGUCUAGAACCAUCCUUGAGCAGGUUCUUCCCAUAUAGCCAGCUGUGUUCCUGAGGACUGACAGGGACCUUUCCAGAGCUCAAGGGUCUCCAGACCAUGCCCCCCACCCCUACCUGUGGAUGUGCAAGGGCGGGAGGACCCAGGGAGGGCUAUUGUGCUGCUCGGUGUUUCCAGAGAAUAUAUUGCAAUCUGUAAAAGUUGUGCUUGGGUGGUUUUUCCAGCGACGGGGUGGCAAGUGCUGGGGCCAGCAGGAAAAGGCAUCCAGUCUGCCCUGCUGGGUCCCUCAGCCCUCCUGGUGUGGGCCCAUCCUCUGCUCCUCCUGCCCCUGCUCAGCCUGGGUGAGAGGUGGGUCCACAGCUGGACUUGAUCCCUUUGCUUCCAGCUGUGAGGCAAGUGCCAGAUCCUGUGCACUCCAGUCGCUGUUGUGUGAUGAGUUCCUGUUUUAUUCUCUAUUUGUCUCUCCCGCCUUGUUCUUCCCCUGAAGAAUCCUGUCUUCUCUUUGGCCACCUCAAAUUGAGAACCUGAACCAACUGCAGAACUGCCUGGCUGGCACCACGAGCAAUACCUUGUCCCGGCAGGACCAAAGGCACCGGCCUCCAGUGAACAAAUCUCGAAGCUCUCUCUUCCCCAGGGUUCUGGGGAACCUGGCCAGAGCCAGAUCCUCACCUGCAGCUCCUGUGAAGCCCACUUCAUUGACUUCUGGGUUACAGUCUGUGCCUGCUCCAGAAGGAGAUCCUCUGGUGUGCCUGGGGCUUACCAGUGGCCCAGGAAAUUUUUUGUUUAAUGGACUCUGGACUCUCAAAGGGAUCUGAUCCUUUUGAAUUUUGCACAGCCCUAGAUAUAAUCCCUUUUGAUAAAAGGGUCUUUGCUUCUGAUUACAGGAGCACUGUGGAUCGUCUGUAAAUAUGUUUUUAUAAUUCCAUGUACAGUUGGUGUGCACUCAGAAAUAGUCCACGGCAGCUGAUCCUCUUUGUACAGGGCCAUAAUGGAUUUCAGAAGAAACCUUGUGGGUGGGGAGAGGUCAGAAUGAAACCGUCUGUUCUCUGGAGACCAGUCUGGUGCUCAGACCUUUAGAUUCAUUGUACAUUGCCACUGCCAACACAGACCAAAGUGUGUGACUUGUCAUGCAGCAUGACAGCAUUAAAGACUGAUGCUAAACUUCG